AUGAGGAGCGAUUUUGCGGGCGGGAAAGGGACGCUGAAGCAUUCUCUGAGGCACGACGGAGGCCUUGUGGUUGUGACGCAGCCUCGGCCGGGCAGUUGCUUCGCCACUGUCUACAAAGCGAGGGACAAGAACAGCAACCGAAUCGUGGCUAUUAAAAAGAUUAAACUGGGACAUAGAUCAGAAGCUAAAGAUGGAAUCAACAGAACAGCCCUCAGGGAGAUAAAAUUGUUACAGGAGCUAAGUCAUCCAAAUAUUAUUGGUCUUCUAGAUGCAUUUGGACACAAGUCCAACAUUAGUUUGGUGUUUGAUUUUAUGGAAACGGAUCUAGAGGUUAUUAUAAAGGAUACUAGUAUUGUGUUGACACAAUCUCACAUCAAGGCAUAUAUGCUGAUGACACUUCAAGGAUUAGAAUAUUUACAUCAACACUGGAUUCUACACAGGGAUCUUAAACCAAAUAAUUUGUUGUUAGAUGAAAAUGGGGUUUUAAAAUUGGCUGACUUUGGCUUGGCAAAAUCUUUUGGAAGCCCAAAUAGAGUUUACACACACCAGGUAGUAACAAGAUGGUACCGAGCCCCAGAACUAUUGUUUGGUGCUAGAAUGUAUGGUGUUGGUGUUGAUAUGUGGGCUGUUGGUUGUAUUUUAGCUGAAUUGCUCCUCAGGGUUCCUUUCUUGCCUGGAGACUCUGAUCUUGACCAGCUGACAAGGAUAUUUGAAACACUGGGCACCCCAACGGAAGAACAGUGGCCUGGGAUGACAAGUCUUCCAGAUUAUGUCGCAUUUAAGUCUUUCCCUGGAAUGCCACUUCAACAUAUCUUCAGUGCAGCUGGUGAUGAUUUACUCAACCUUCUGCAAGGCUUAUUCACAUUUAAUCCUUGCACUAGGGUUACGGCUACUCAGGCAUUGAAACAGAAGUACUUCAGUAACCGACCAGGACCCACUCCAGGAAAUCAGCUGCCAAGACCCAACUGUCCUGCAGAAGCUGUAAAGGAGCAACAAAAUGCACUUUUACAUUUAAAAAAGAGAAGAACAGAAGGAAUAGAUCAAGAUACCAGGAUUACUUGUGGUGGCAUGGAGAACAAGGACUGCUAGCUAUCACGUCCUCAUCUUGUCCCCCUGGUUCUCGAUUGGUGCCAACGCUGUGUGAUCCCUGCAGCCUUUUUGUUUUGACAAAGAAGGCUCAGAGCCAGAUUGAGUUGUAACAGAGUUGUUGCUUUGCAUUUAUGGUAUGCUCUUGUUCAUGGUGUGCCCUUGAUGCUGUCAGCACUCCAGGCAGCACUGCCAGUCCUUUACUUUCACCUGUGUUCAUUCUUGGCUUUUGUGCCUGUUCUUGUUCUCUUGACUUACUGCAUGUAUACUGCUCAGUUAACACCUACUCAGCCAUUUCUUCUGGUGCACAAAUGUUUAUGCUCCAUGUGCUCCAAUGUAAUGAUUCAUUUACAGAGCAGGUUUCACCUGUGACCUUUUAAUACUCAUUUGCCUCUCUGAGAGAAGGGAGGAAUUGUUAAAAAAAGGCUAUAGUUAGGCCUGCUUUUCUUUUGAAUCCCUCUGUUCUCCCUUGCAUUUCAUACUCAACUAUGUCAACUUUGUCUCUGAGGUAAGGUAUUCUCUCCAUCAGGCUGUAAUAAAAUCACAGGGUAAAACAGGGAUAGGUCUGGAUGUAAUUUUUCAGGCUGAGAUAGAGAAACUUCUUGGAGAGCUAUACUGAGUGCUUUGAACGCUUUUGGCAGGCUGUGUUUUGACAUACACCUUGCUGAUAUUCAGUAGUGUGAGAGGCUGGGGAAAAGACAUGCAUGGCUGCAGUCUCUUUUUGGCUCCAAAAUACAGCACGGCCUAGGAGAACCAUCUGUUGAUUCUAGCCUUCCUGAAGACCUGCUGGGAAUUAGGUUUGUUCCUCUUGUAGCCCACCACCACUACCAAGAAGGGUCCAGAAGCAGCUCUGUUCUCGCUGGCUUGAGAACUCUGCUUGGGCAAACUUUGUUUGUCGUAUAAUGCCAACUUCU